AUGGGUCAUCGAUUAGCUUUGGAAAAGCAUGUGAGACUUGACUCGGAGUGUGAACCAAUCAUGAUGCCGUGGAUGGUACCAUUUCUUCGUUUUUCUGAUGACUCAUUGAAGACAUCAUUCCAAGAACAGCUGAGUUUAAUGCGAAAGAAUCGCUUGUUUUGUGAUGUUAUUUUACAAGUUGAGAAUACAGAAAUUCCAGCACAUCGUAAUGUUUUGGCUUGUGUUUCACCUUAUUUAAUGGAUCUUUUCAGUGCCGAACAGAACACAUGCAAUGAUGGAAACAUUCCAAGUUAUCGUUUGAAUGGAUAUAUUACAAAAGAAGGAUUAAACAUUCUCGUUGAAUAUGCAUAUACAGCACUGUUGGAAGUGCCUGAAGAUAUGAUUAAAGACGUUUAUUUAGCCGCAUUUCAAUUACGUAUCGAACGUGUUGUCAACGAAUGUGCAGCUCAUCUAGUAUCAGACCUAUCGUCUGAUACGUCAAUUGAAACACGUUCGCUUCCAGGGAUUAAUCGUAAUAAGAAUUUCGUCAGUAAGGUGGACCAAUUCAUAUCGGAGCAUUUUGGUGAGCUAACACAAACAACCAGCUUCCUACAGCUUCCAUCCAUCCAGAUCGAAGUCCUACAUCAAACAAAGCAAGAGAUGGCCAUGGUCGCUGAGGACAGCUUGUGUCGUUUGGUGCUCGAUUGGAUUAAGCGCGAGAUUAGCGAUCACAGUGCAUCGAUCGCUUCAUUGAGCGAACGUUCACACAUGUUGUUCCUUGCUCUUGACAAUUCAUUGCAAGAUGUCUCGGAUCUGAUCGGCGAAAAAGCGAAUUCCGACUUGGUGAAAGACUAUAAGAAGUUGGCAUCGAAAAAUCCGAGUAGUAAUCCGAAAACGCGUCGCAAGUGUGUCUCGCAACCGGAUAGACCACGUAUUUUGCUCUACUCUCGCGAUAUUAGUGAUCGAACGUACGACGAAGUUGCAUGCGGUGAUGCAGAUUGGAAUGUUAUUUCAUCAAUGAAAUUAUCGGAUCAUACAUUCAUCUCAUUGGUCACAUUAAAUGGCAAAUUGUGUCGUAUAUCCAUUCAAUUGCGUCUCAAUAACAUUACUAUAUCAACAUCAGAAACAACAUCAUCAAAUGUCUCAUCAACGCCAUCACCAAUUCCUCACAAUGACAGUAGCAUCUCGCUUGAUGCUAAAUUGGAACUUGACAGAGCUUUUGAAUUCAGCAGCAUUGAUCAGCCAGAAUUAUUCUGUGAGAUUGCAACCAUGUCCGAAAGUAAAUGUGGACUUGGUGUUGCUGAGCAUGAGGGACAAUUAAUUGUAGUCGGUGGCUACGGACGAACAGAAUGCUUAAAAUCUGUCGAAAGCUAUUGUCCAGUUACAAAUAGAUGGACUGAAAAAUUGAGCUUAAAUGAAGCACGUGGCCGAGUUCAAAUUGCUAUUAUAAAUGACAUCGUAUUUGCGGUUGGCGGCUCGAAUGGUGUUAAUGAAUUAGAUACUGUCGAAUGCUUAUCAUUGAUUGACAGUUUGAGUGAUGGAAAGAAGAAAAAAUGGAAGAAAUGUGCUAAUUUGCCAUUCCCUCGAUCAAAUACCGGAGUAUGUGCAUUGAAUGGAAAAAUUUAUUGUGUCGGUGGCAAUUCCACUGGACAAAAUGGAAUACGACAAUGUGAUGUGUAUGAUCCCGAGACAAAUAAGUGGACAUCGAUUGCACCACUUAAUACCGGUCGCUGUCAAGCCGGAGUUGCUGCAUAUAAUGGAAAAUUAUGGGCAGCUGGUGGUAGUGAUGCAUGGAACUGCUUAGUAACGGUUGAAUGUUAUGAUCCAGAAGAGGAUACAUGGUCUGCUGUCGCACCACUUUUAACAGCUCGUCGUGGUUGCGGCUUGGCUGAAUUGAAUGGUAAAAUGUAUUGUGUCGGUGGCUCUGAUGGCUCACAAUCCUUAAAGUCAACAGAAUAUUACGAUGAAGCAACACAAGCUUGGGUGUUUGGACCAUCAUUAAUAACAGCACGUUCAAUAGUGUCUGUGGCAGCAAUAAAUAAUCGACUUUAUGCGAUUGGAGGAUUCUCAGGCAAGAAGUUCCUCAACACCAUUGAGUAUUUUGACGAGGAAGCAAAUGAAUGGACCAAAUUUGCAAAGCUCCAACCAAUAAUGACAAGUAGUAGCUCAAACAUAGAUAGUGAGGAAGAAGACAAGAAUGACAUAAUUCGAAAUGAUUUAAAUGAUGUGAUUAAUGAUUUAAAGCAGAAAGCUACUCUAAAGAUAUCAGAAAAAGAUAAGAUACGAGAAGAUGAAUCUGAAUCCACAGCCAUAAUAAUGCCUCUUUAA